AUGCCUCAGGACCGCUUCUCGCUGUCCGCGGAUGAGUCCACUCUGACUAUUUUCAAUGUGCAGCCAGAGGAUCAGGGCCAGUUCAAGUGUGAGGCAGAGAACAUUCCUGGCGAUUGGGAUAUAUCCUACUUCUUGGAGGUUACAUCUUCGCCAAAUAUCCUACUCGGCUCCUCUUCACGCGCAAAGGAGCAAGUCAGGCAGGGUAGUGACAUACGUCUACGAUGCAUUGCCACCGGUUCUCCCGAACCCACUUAUCAAUGGCUGAAAGAUGACACCCCUGUCGCCUCCAGCGUCAAGCCCAUUACCACGACACACGAGGUCGACAAGCAUACCGUUGAGAUAACGACGAUCAGCUCGAAGUAUGUCCUCUUGGACCAAGGCCGCGAACUGGUGGUAUCUAAAGUGACUGAUCAGGAUGCCGGCGUCUACACCUGCGUGGCUAUCAAUCCCGUUGGUCGUGAUCGGCAUACAAUGAAUCUGACAGUACUCGCAAGCCCAGUCUUCCACGAUGGGCUGGAUCAUGAGACCCCAGAACUUGUGAAGCACAAGCCGGCCUUCCUCUGGUGCAAUGCAACGGGUCAUCCUCCUCCGAAGUACAAGUGGUCAGGGGAUAUCAUAUCGGAUCAGUCGAACGAGAGGAUCCGGUCCGUUGCCUCCGGCCGGGGUCUCUACCUCCCCAACGUCACGCAGGAUCUCGUCUCUCGGUACAUCUGCAAUGCCAUCAACGAGGCCGGUGAAGCCAGACGUGUCUUCGAUCCGACUCUGAUCUGUAAGUUGAUACUGAGAGCAAAAAGGGGGGAAGAAUGA